AUGGAUUUCUUUAAGAAAAGAACGAAAGGCUCUUGGAACUCAAUGAGUACCAUUCAUAUUACUUUUUAUUUUCUCUUCUCGUUCAUAUUUUAUGUUCGAUACGUGUCUGCAGUUCCCACUAGACACCUGUGUCGUCCUGAACAAAGGGAUGCACUUCUCGAGUUCAAGAACGAGUUUGAGAUUGGGAAGUCUUCUUUUGAUAGGUGUUAUUUUAUUAAUGGUAGCUAUGCUAGCCCUUAUCCGAAGUCAUGGGCAAAUAGCAGUGAUUGUUGUUAUUGGGAAGGUAUCACGUGCGAUACCAAGUCUGGGGAAGUGAUCGAGCUAGAUCUCAGUUGCAGUUGCCUCCAUGGCAGGUUUCAUUCAAAUACCUUUCAAAACAUUCGUUUUCUAACAACUCUCGAUCUUUCACGUAAUGAUUUAUAUGGUCAAAUCCCAUCCUCCAUUGGAAAUCUCUCUCAUCUCACCUCUCUCAACCUUUCUAAUAAUCAUCUUUUUGGUCAGAUUCCAUCUUCAAUUAAAAAUCUUACACGUCUCACUUCUCUCUAUCUUCAUGGUAAUCAGUUUUCAGGUCAAAUUCCAUCCUCAAUUGGAAACCUUUCACAUCUCACCUCCCUCCGUCUUUCUUAUAAUCACUUGUUGGGUCAUAUUCCGUCUUCAAUUGGAGCUCUUUCACAUCUUACUUCUCUCCAUCUUUCUGGUAAUCAGUUUUGGGGUCGAAUUCCAUCUUCAAUUGGAAAUCUCUCUCAUCUCAAAACUCUUCACCUCAGCGGUAACAAUUUUGAUGGUGAAAUUCCAUCUUCUUUUGGCAAUUUGAAACAGUUGACGGUCUUAUAUUUAGACUCCAAUAAGCUUAGAGGUAACUUUCCCGUUGCACUACUAAAUUUGACAAAGCUGAGGUCUUUAUCACUUGGUUCCAAUCACCUCACAGGAGCACUUCCUCCAAACAUUAGCCCACUCUCCAAUUUGGAGGCUAUUUAUGCAAAUGACAACAAUUUCGUUGGAACCGUUCCUUUUUCUCUCUUGACCAUUUCUUCUUUGACCCAUAUUGAUUUUUGGAGAAUCAUUGAAAAAGUGGAUGAAGCAACCAACCCAAAUGGACUGGAGAGAAAGAAGCUUGGGAUGGACAUGAAUUCAGAGGGGUGUUAUUCUAUUAAUGGAAACAUAACAGUGAUUGCUGUUAUUGGGAUGGUAUCACGUGCAAUACCAAACCUUUCAUAUAAUGAUUUAUAUGGUCAAAUCCCCUCCUCAAUUGGAAAGCUUUCUCAUCUCACUUCUUUCAACCUUUCUCGUAAUCAUUUUUUUGGCCAGAUUCCAUCUUCAAUUGGAAAUCUUACACAUCUCACAUGUCUCGAACUAUAUGGUAAUCGAUUUUCGGGUCAGAUUCCGUCUUCAAUUGAAAAUCUUUCAAAUCUCACCUCUGUCGCUCUUACUGAUAAUCAGUUUUCAGGUCUGAUUCCGUCCACAAUUGGAAACCUUUCACAUCUCAUCUGUCUCUUUCUUUCUGCAAAUCAAUUUUGGGGUCAGAUUCCAUCUUCAAUUACAAAGCUCUCUCGUCUGGAAUAUCUUGACCUGAGUGAUAACAAUUUUGAUGGUGAAACCCCAUCUUCUUUUGGCAGUCUGAAACAUUUGACCAACUUAGAUUUAGAAUCUAAUAAUCUCAGCGGUAACUUUCCCAUUGCAACACAAAAUUUGACAAAGCUAUUCCUUCUUAAACCCAAGUUGAAGGAUCUUUGA